AUGGCCCUGGUCAACGGCAAUCUUCUCGAGAUCCAAAGCUUUGAGUACAAGCUCAAGAAGAACAACGUGGAUGCACACCUGGUGAUGGCACUCGUGCAGAGCAUGAACUCUCAGGCGGAGACACUCCGUGACGCGCGAGGACGCCUGGAGGCCGCUUUGGCAUGCGGUGCUGCCUCGGAAGACCUCGAGCCCCUCGUGUAUCAGCUUAAUUUUUCCAAUGAUACCUACAAGGAGGCAAGCAAGCAUGUACGCCUCCACCUUCAGGCACCGAAACCCAAAGGGACCUCGAAGGCAAAGGCCAAGGCUAAGACCCCUGCUAAGAAGUAG